GACAUUUGUGUAUGUCCAUUCUCAUGAAUUGAACCUACUUAGUUUCUUAGUUUCUGAUGGAAAACCAUCAUGUCGUAGAAAAAGCAGGCAAAGUGAUUUCAGCAGUUGAGAGUCAUUAUCAUUGUUCAUGCACUUGGAACGAUAUUAAUUCUUAAUAUUCAUCAUCAUAUAGACAUGUGCAUGUUGACUUAUGUAUUGCUAUAGCUAUAAUAGCUAUUACUGAUGCUCACGCUCACCACUAAAAAAAUUCAAGAUCAAACCUCUAAAAGUUAUGGGGUUCGCGUCCAAUUACUUUUUAAUUUUAUUAUUUCGGUUUGGAAUGACGACUUUGGCUCGUGUAGGCAGGAAAUGGAACGAUAGUAAUGGGAGGAGAUGGCGGUUAAGGGAGACCAGACAUGGUACAAAGGAACGGGAAAACCAGUGGCGCAUAUACGAGUGAAAUAAGUCGACCACGAAACGACAUCCGUUACAUUCUGUGUACACCAAGCGAAUAACAACUUUGUUGAAAUAUAUAUUUUUUAAGUUUUAAGCGCGAGAAAAUCUUCAAGUUUCCAACUGAUGAAUUUAACCAUUGAAAGAAUCUAUUGACAUUCCGCCCAAUUAUUUAAUUUACUUUCUUUUGCUAUAAAUAUUUUAACUCUCCUCCCCCUCGUAAGUUCUACAUGUUCAAGAUUCUCAGGGUGUGUAAGACUACGAGUAUUGCUGAUUAUUCCUUCCAUGGGAAAUAGUUUUUACAAAUUGACAUAGAUAUGAUUAUUAUUGUUUGUUUCUUCUUUUUCAAGAAAAUUAGAAAUUUGACAAUAAGUAUGACCUAGUAGGAAGUUAAUUUUCUACAAAGUGGAUUCAAUAAUUCAUCGGUAAUUGUAUCCUUAUUUCCUCAACUUUGCCGAUAUUUUCAUGCAAAUGUCAAAUUUCUAAAUUUUUUGGCAGAUGGUGUCGAUCAUAUAGUAGUUCCUCCUCCUCUCUUCGCCUGGGGAUUAUCUAACUCGCGAGCCUUUAUUUUUUUUUUUGUAAAAGAAAAACCUUCUGCAGUGACCAUGGAGAGAGCAAUGGCGUCGCAAACUUUUCCACAUUUGGGUGUUGAAAUUUCAAUGUGUGCGUGGUUUGGUACAUAGUAACCGUCCAGGUGUGUAUGGAUGGAGGCGCGCGGCAAAUAUAGAAAAAGGUAGGGGAGAAGGGCCUGCAGUGAAUGUAUUCCCAAGAGCUAUAUGUAGCCUCAUCGAAACAACGAGUAGAAUUCGACGCCAGUUGCUCUUUCGCCGUUGUACUUUGUAGUGUUGUGUGUGAAAAAAAAAACACAUUUUCACAAAAGUUGCCAUUCUGCAAUAAGCAAAGACUAGUGAAGCACAAAAAAAAAUUUCCAGGUUUUUCGUCUUCUAUUUUUUCUUGGCAUUAUAAUUCAAAAAAAUGAAGGAAAAUAUGUCAAAUUUGUCGACAAUUUUAAAAUAUUUAAAUGGUGUUAUAUCGUGGUUGUUGGUCAUCAUCAAUGGGCAUACUCUCAUUUAAUUAAUAAUUGAUCAUUUCCACAAAAAGCUUUGAAUGAUUCUUCAUAUUAAUCAGCUACCGAAGACAUAUUCUUUCGAUAGAAUGAAGUGAAUUGAAUAAUUUGAACAGUCUUUCUUGUGAUUUCAAUUAUCAUGUAGAAGCGCGUGUGAAAUUUUUUUCGGUAAAGUUCCAAGUUGUUUUAUAUCAUUAACAGUGUUGUUUAUUCUCAAUUUAUAAUUUAGCAAUCAGAAAAUUAUCCCUUACAUGGGUGUGUUUCAUUACCUAAAUGAUAUACAGUGUGUUUUUAUAAAACCAAAUCUGCGUAAGUGAUGAUGGGUGUAUUGAGAUGGAGAUACGAUCUUAGAUCGGAGGGCGGCCCACAACAGCAACAGCAGCAAAGAGCUAACGGUCAUACUGGGGCACUCCCAAAACAUAUGACCCAGACAUUGCGAGAUGAAUCCCACAGUUCAACUCCAACAGUACAAAUGCCUAAUACGCCAUUGUCCUCAACAACCCCAACGAGUGAUGAACCCCUGGGACGUGCCUUGAUGGAAGCGGUAAUCAAACAAGCAAACACUGAUACUCAGAUGCAGUUGCCACUUGUGGUAACACCACCGGGAUACUGGCUAGAUGGAACUGAUCAUCGACAUGGCUUUGAUUUUGCUGGUAGAGCAAUGCUACCCACUCAGCCCGCUUGGCAGCCGAGAAUCGAUCAAGAUGAUACGGCCAAAUGUUAUCGUCGAUUCUUUGUUGGACGGGAGCAUGUAAAUCUGGUUGGGCGAGAUAAUGAAAAUGGACCUGUACUCCUCUCAGUCAAAGCAGAAACGGUGGCUGGACAAGAACAUUGGAGAAUUCUCUUGCGAUUACGAACUGGCUCAACACAUGAACUCGUGGCAACUGCUGUUCUUGGUCCAAAUAUAUCACCUGCCAAAAUGAUUAAGGUAAUCAAUGAAUCUCUGAGUGUUACCACAUUGAUACCAGUCGUUUGCUCUGGAGCAGGAAGUCUAAUAGCGAGAUACGAUGAACAUGCUCUAGUUAGCAGAUUUAAAUUUGGAGUACUACAUCAGAGAGCAGGACAGGUUACUGAAGAACAGCUAUUCAGUAAUCGACAAAUAACACCGGCCUUCCAAGAAUUCUUGGAUCUUUUGGGACAAACAAUUGAUCUCAGAGAUCAUAAAGGGUAUCGAGGUGGUCUUGAUACACAACACGGCCAGACAGGUGAUUCAGCAGUUUAUGAAGUAUUCCGUGGCCGGGAAGUACUCUUUCAUGUGGCAUCUCUUUUACCAUAUAGUCCUGGCGAUGCUCAGCAGUUACAACGUAAACGGCACAUUGGAAACGAUAUCGUGGCAAUAAUAUUUCAAGAGGAACCAACGCCCUUUAGCCCAGACAUGAUCGCUAGUCAUUUUCUCCAUGCAUUCAUUGUUGUACAGGUCAUUGAUCCGUGUACAUGUAAUACUAGAUAUAAAGUGAGCAUUACUGCUCGUGACGAUGUUCCGUGGUUUGGUCCAGCAUUACCAAUACCAGCAAUAUUUGCCAAGGGUGUUGAAUUUAAGGAAUUUCUGCUCACUAAACUCAUAAAUGCUGAAAAUGCGGCUUACAAGGCGGAAAAAUUUGCCAAACUCGAGUUAAGAACACGAUCUGCGCUAUUGGAAUCUCUCACUGAAGAACUGCAAUCCAAGACGAGUGAUUUUUUAGGCUCUGCUAUUGGAUUAGGAUCAAGCGGAGGAACAUGUCCAUUGAGUCCCUCAGCAAGCGAUACUUCGGGCUCGGCUAGUGGUGGUGGAGGGAGUGGUUCCAGAUUCAUAGAUACAGUUCGGAAGGCUCUCACUUCACGUGUGAAAAAUGCCUCAACAGAAUCUGUACCUCAACAAUUAACAAAAAAGAGUCAAUCCGAGAUCACCGGUCAAUUAAAUAAUCGUCAGUCUACAUCGAAAUCGUUGGCAAAACUAUUCAUUGAGCCCUCAAGCCCUUUAGGAUUGUCAGAUUCAAUAUUAGCUUCGGAUUUUCAACAAGAAAAUGACAACACACGUAAGCAACAAAGUAAUCUAUUAAAUGUAACAAGCAAUGAGCAGAACUCUAAAGAUGGUAUUGAAAGGGGAGAAGAAGAAGAAGAAGAAGAAGAAGAAGAAGAAGAAGAAGAAGAAGAAGAAGAAGAAGUAGAAAAAGAAGAACAACAAGUUGUAGUAGUAGAAGAAGAAUUAGUAAUUCAGGCAAAUAUUGAAUCCAUCAAAGCUGCUGGCAAAAUUAAUGAUAAAACCUUACGAAUAACACAAGACAACUGGAAAAAACGCAAUGAAAAAUUUGAAAAAUCUGAUAACACAAUCCCAAGAGGUGUCUCAGAGAGUGAUGAUAGCUCCUUGAAUAGUGAAUUGGAACUAGAACAAAUUCUUUAUCCUGACAGUGAUACUGGACUCGAAUCAAUGAGUUCCGCUGAAACUCAUGAAGUUAGAUGCAAUAAAAAUGGCAUUAACGAAACAGAACAUUUGAAACAACAAGUUACUAGGCUCAAGUGUGACAAACUUGAUUUACUCAGGCAGAAUGUGACUUGUCAAAGGGACAUCAAACGAUUGCGUGAAAAAGAAUUACAAUUACAAUCAGAUUUGGCAGCAGCAUCAAAAGAGAUUCUACGACUUCGCACAAUGCUCAAAGAUUGCUCGCCCAGUGUUUCAUUGGAAACUAAUAAUCGAUAGGCACUAUUAUCUAAAAUAUUAAAAUUUCCAAUAACAAAAGCAAACAACAUGCAGUAUUGUUUUAUUUUCUUUCAUUCAAUUUUCCUAUUCUCAAUAAUUUUCUUUAUUAAUUUAAUAUUUACCUACUGCUAUAAUAAUGCUCGAACAAGUUUAAUCGGAAAAAUGAUGAAAAUAAUCACUUAUCAUACAUGCAUAUAUUAUUAUUAUUAUUAUUAUUAUUAUUAUUAUUAUUACCAUUGUUUCGACCAUUGUAUUUUAUAAUAUAACAAAUACCAAAGUUUAAUUUAAAAAGCUACAUGUAUGUAGUUAUUAAUAUCAUCAGUCAAUUUAUUGUUUCAUUCCGUUUUCAUGGACAACACAGUUCAAAGAGAGAAUGCUCAUUACAACUAUAGGGGAGCGAGAACCUUGGAAUAUGUCAAUGAAAAACUUAUUCAAAUAAAUUAGUCUAAUAAAACAUGUAUAACAAUGUAAAUUUUUUAUGCAGAUACUAA